AUGCAGAAACUUAAAGGGUGUAAUCAGCAGAAAUGCAGAUCGUGCCCUGCAGUGGAGAGCAUAGUGGAUGCUUUACAGCACUUAAAGCCAGAUCUACCCUGCAGUGGAAUUUUCCACCAGCGGCCCCCCUCCCCUCUCACUCAGAGACACUCAGUCUAUACACAUCCCUCCCUCCCUCCCUCCCACUUUCUCACUCAGUAUGUGCCUGACGAGCAGCCAGGCACAUCGUAUGUGCCUGACGAGCAGCCAGGCACAUCGUAUGUGCCUGACGAGCAGCCAGGCACAUCGUAUGUGCCUGACGAGCAGCCAGGCACAUCGUAUGUGCCUGACGAGCAGCCAGGCACAUCGUAUGUGCCUGACGAGCAGCCAGGCACAUCGUAUGUGCCUGACGAGCAGCCAGGCACAUCGUAUGUGCCUGACGAGCAGCCAGGCACAUCGUAUGUGCCUGACGAGCAGCCAGGCACAUCGUAUGUGCCUGACGAGCAGCCAGGCACAUCGUAUGUGCCUGACGAGCAGCCAGGCACAUCGUAUGUGCCUGACGAGCAGCCAGGCACAUCGUAUGUGCCUGACGAGCAGCCAGGCACAUCGUAUGUGCCUGACGAGCAGCCAGGCACAUCGUAUGUGCCUGACGAGCAGCCAGGCACAUCGUAUGUGCCUGACGAGCAGCCAGGCACAUCGUAUGUGCCUGACGAGCAGCCAGGCACAUCGUAUGUGCCUGACGAGCAGCCAGGCACAUCGUAUGUGCCUGACGAGCAGCCAGGCACAUCGUAUGUGCCUGACGAGCAGCCAGGCACAUCGUAUGUGCCUGACGAGCAGCCAGGCACAUCGUAUGUGCCUGACGAGCAGCCAGGCACAUCGUAUGUGCCUGACGAGCAGCCAGGCACAUCGUAUGUGCCUGACGAGCAGCCAGGCACAUCGUAUGUGCCUGACGAGCAGCCAGGCACAUCGUAUGUGCCUGACGAGCAGCCAGGCACAUCGUAUGUGCCUGACGAGCAGCCAGGCACAUCGUAUGUGCCUGACGAGCAGCCAGGCACAUCGUAUGUGCCUGACGAGCAGCCAGGCACAUCGUAUGUGCCUGACGAGCAGCCAGGCACAUCGUAUGUGCCUGACGAGCAGCCAGGCACAUCGUAUGUGCCUGACGAGCAGCCAGGCACAUCGUAUGUGCCUGACGAGCAGCCAGGCACAUCGUAUGUGCCUGACGAGCAGCCAGGCACAUCGUAUGUGCCUGACGAGCAGCCAGGCACAUCGUAUGUGCCUGACGAGCAGCCAGGCACAUCGUAUGCCCCUCUGCCUGCACCAGUGCCAGAGCCAGCGCCAAAAGUACCUGGCAGUGCGGAAGGCGUGGAGGAGGAAGGCCUGAGGAAAGUGGCAAAAAGGCUCUUUGCGGGGACGGGCAAAGGGACCUUCACUCGCCAUAUAAAGUUCCCAGAGUCGAUGGGUGGGUAUUACUACAUUUUGGCAGUUGGUAUUAAGUAAAUGUGUUUUUGAUCCAUGUCAUUUUCAUCUCUGCACGUUUGUUUUAUUGAAUGAAAUGUUUAUUGUGAUUUUUUU